CCUGGGAGCCCCCGCCCCCGCUCCCGGAAGCCCUCGUGAGGACGGCGAUGGCGGCGUCGUUCCGCGCUCGGAGCCCCGCGCGGUGACUGCGGGGCGCCAUGCGGUCCCGGUGCGGGGCCGGGCCGCGCUGCCGCGUGCCGUACGCUCUGCUCUGGGCGCUGUGCGCAAUGCUGGGCGCUGGGCUACGGCCCGUGACGGCGGUGGCGGCGAUGGCGGCGAGCGAGGAGCGGCGCUCCGCGAGCCCCGCAACGCCGUGCUGGAGGCGGGAGGAGUUCGUGGUGGCGCGGGAGUGCGGCAGCUGCUCCAGCUUCGAGGUGAAAAGCAUCCCGGAAUGCGGCCCCACGGGCUUCGUGGAGAAGAUCAGCUGCGCUGCCUCCAAGCGGGACGAAUACAAGAGGUGGGGGGGGGGGAAAUAG